AUGGCCGACCUCCUCGCAUCGCUUGGCGCUGGCAGCAGCAGCACCGCGCCGCCCGCGCCCUUGGCCGCCGCCCACCGCAUGGGCCUCUCGGAAGACGACGCCGCCUUCUUGCUCGCGGAGGCCACGGCCUUUGCCGCCGGUCAUGGCAUGCUGGUCCAGGCGCCCGCGCAGCGCUACGCCCAUCUCCCGUACUGUCUUCUCCCGGUCAAGUUUCCCAAGAGCCAAUUCGACAAGGGCGUCGCGCUCGGGCCACUCUUUGGCACGCUCGUCGACCGCAUCAGCGAAGACCCCGACUGGCUACACGCGCAGUUGCAGAGCGUGCUCGCCGAAGAUCCAUUCACGCGCCGCCUCGUCGAGCUCUCGAAGAAGGUGCAAGCCCAAGGCCGCGCCCAGCCCGCGUCGCUCGGUAUCUUCCGCUCCGACUACAUGCUGCAUGACGACCCGCGCGACGCGAGCGCGGCCAAGAUCCUCCAGGUCGAGCUCAACACGAUCUCGGCCUCGUUUGCUUCCAUGAGCUCCAUGGCGACGGAGCUCCACACAUACAUCCUCUCCCGGUUUGAAGACGACAUCCCGGCGCUUGCCGCGUACUAUGGCACGUCGUCGCUGGCAUCGCACUUGCCGUCCAACGCAGCGCUCCAAGCGCUUCCGGCGGCGCUCGCGGCCGCCCACGCGCACUAUGGCCGCCCGGCCGCGGUCGUGCUCUUUGUCGUGCAGCCCAACGAAAGCAACUCGGUCGACCAGCGCUGGCUCGAGUACACGCUCUGGACGACGCACAAGAUCAAGGUCCUCCGCCGCACACUCUUGGAGAUGCACGCCGCGACGACGGACGCGACGACCAAAGCCCUCCUUGUCGACGGCAAGUACGAAGUGGCAGUCGCCUAUUUUCGCGCCGGCUACACGCCCACCGACUACCCGAGCGAGCGCGAGUGGGCAGGGCGCGACACGAUCGAGACCUCGCGCGCGAUCAAGUGCCCCAACGUCACGUACCACCUCGCGGGCACGAAGAAGGUGCAGCAGGUGCUGGCCGACCCCGCGCAGCUGCGCCGGUUCAUGUCGGACGCCGACAGCCGCGUCCUCGAGGCCUGCUUCACGGGCCUCUACGGCCUCGAGGCCACGUCGCCGACCUUGGCCCAGAUCCAGGCCAACGUGCGCGCCAACCCGCACGCGUACGUGCUCAAGCCCCAGCGCGAAGGCGGCGGCAACAACUUUUACGGCGACGACGUGGUGGUCCAAAUGGACAAUAUGACGCCGGCCGAGCUCGAGUCGUACAUCCUCAUGGACCGUAUUGUGCCCCAGGAGACACCCGCAAUUCUCGUGCGCAAUGGCCAGGCCGUGGCCGGCGCCACGAUCAGCGAGCUCGGCCUCUACAGCGUGAGCUUGUUUGAGCACGGACAGCCGCUCUUGAACGCACACGCGGGCCACCUGCUGCGCACCAAGCUCUCGAGCACGAACGAAGGCGGCGUCGCGGCCGGCUUUGCCGUCCUCAGCUCCCCGUUCCUGGUCUAACCCUCAAAGCACGCAUUGCGAUCUCU